CGUCGCCCUCGUCUUCUUCAUUUUCUCUUUCCCUCUCAAAACUGUACGAGUAGUAGCAGAGACCACAGACAAAAGAAAGGCGGAGUUUUUCCUUUAAUCACGAGAUUUCUUAUCUUAACCAAACAUUUUAUACUGGCACAAUAUUCUAAUGAGCAGAGAGUGGGGAGAUUUCAAAGGCAUGUUAUGUUAAUUAGACGUGACCUUGAUCAAGAAAGUCUGGGUGAUGACCGUUGGAGGGAGAGGCAUAUAUCAAGGGAACAGAGCUUUAUGAAUUCUAAGGAACAAAAUGGAAAAUUUGACGGCGCAGAAGCAGUUACUAAUCUCAGAAGUUCAGUGGGACUCUGAGAACAAACAGUGGCUAGUCACUGGGCAGCAACAAUAUGAUGGUGUACAAGAAAAUGCUAAUGAACCUUGGAAACGAGUCAGACGCGGAAGAAGAGAGGAAGUGGAAGAUAAAACACUAAUUGAACAAAGGCUCCUUGAGAAUGGUGCCAACCAAAUGAAAAACCAUCUCUUGAUACUUGCAGACUCGGCUGAAUCUUUACCAGGUUCUGUAAAUAACUAUUCUGGUGUUACGAAUAGUCAGUGUAGAGUGAGCAAUAUAAAUGUUCAUCAGUUCCAAAAUGGAUUCAGUACUCAUGCACCUUCAGGUGAGAAACGGAAAAAGAAACCACUUGGUACGUCAGGAGGUCCUCAUCGUGUUGAAGAUGAAAAAAAUGCCUCACCUUUGGAUGGAAGGAUUCGCCUGACUCAUCUUAGACGUUUUGCUCGCACAAGAAACCAUCAUUUGGCACAAGAAAGUGGAGAAUGUAUUCUUGUAGAUCCUAAAGGAAGCAUUUUAGUUCACGGAGGUUCCCAAGUAGUAGAUUUCAGACAACCAUGCAUUGUGACACCCUUACAGCAGCUAAACUUGCCACAUCAAAUGACCAACAGUGCCCUAUUAUGGAAUGAGAUAUUAAAGGCUCAAUCGAUGAAGCAACAUCUCAGUACUUUGCAAUCAGAAACGGAGGCAGAGAAAGAUUCUAAAUUAAUUCCACAGGAAAGGCAGAAGCUGAAGACAUGCCUAAGAGAAAACGUUCCGGACGAGCAGCAGGUACAAGCCGCCAUACAGAGUUAUCCUAAACUAGUUGCUAAGGAAAGACGGAAGUUGAGGAAGCACCGACGUAAAAGACGACCGGAAGAACAACUUGUCGAAGCUGAACAACAGAGUUACGUUCUGCCCAGUGCACUAACGCAUCAAAUGUAUGAUGCUGGUCAACAAUGGCAUUGGCACAUGUGGGAAUUUGAACAACAAAGAUUAUUAUGUAAUGCAGGGGCUGGUCCAGGAAAGUUGCAGUUGGGUAAGCAUAAUAGCCCUGAAGAAUCCACCAUUAUCGAAUUCCAAAGAGAUGAACCCACGAAGCAAGAUGAACCCACGAAGCAAGAUGGAUCAUUUGCCAAAGGGCGAACUCGUGUCAGUAAUUUAAAGCGCGAAGCUCGACUGAAAAGUCAAUCUACAAUGGAAAGUAAGCAAGAGACAGUAAUUUAAAGCGCGAAGGUCGACUGACAAAGUCAAUCUACAAUGGAAAGUAAGCAAGAGACGGGCGAAUACAAAGGGGAGCCUAUGGGGUCGCAUGCCCCCAUAGGAUUUUGAGAUCAAAUACUUGUAUAUUCUUUACAAUUUGUACAUUUGAACAAUUCAUGUUGGCCUUAUAAACAUCUUGAAAAUAAAAAGAUACUCAUGUAUGUUUAUAGUUUUAAAACUAGUUUUAUUUUUUCGGACUACUAAAACCGAACUAAA